CACCCCUAUCAGAACCUCUUGAUCGACCCGCUCCAGCCGUUGCGUGAUGAUCUCACUGUCGGAGUGUACGACCAGUUUGAGAAAGACGAAAACAAGUACCACCAGUAUGACCAGGCUAUAGAAUUAGCUUUGGAAGAUUUGUCACACCAUUACGAGAACGUUCGUGUAUUGGUGGUGGGACCUGGGAAGGGUAAGUUGGUGGAUAAGCUAUUCAAAAAUAGCUGCAAGAUGACUGUCUUGCUAGUCGAAAAAAACCCCCAUUGCAUGACUAUCCUAGAACAGAAAAACAGAACAGUUUGGUCCAACUCCGCCCAAAUCGUCCUCGGUGACAUACGGAAUUAUCAAACCGACUUCAAACCACAUCUAGUCAUUUCAGAACUUCUCGGGUCCUUUGGAGACAACGAAUUGUGCCCAGAAAUCUUAGCCCCAUUCAAUAGGGAGCCAAAGCCUCGCAUUAUGAUUCCUUCUAGCUACACCAGCUACUUGCAACCUAUAUUUUCUCCAUUGUUGAACGAUGUUGACCUGCGCCCGUACUUGUGUUCCUUGACCAGGUAUAUCAAGUUAGCCAACUCCCAGAAGGUGUGGGAAUUUGAACAUCCCUCAGAUGAUUCAUUUUCUAUUACCAAAACAAUCAACUUCACAUCGUCAAUGACCCAUUCCUUAAAUUGCUUCCUUGGCUAUUUCAGGAGCAAUUUAUAUGGGCACUUGAACAUAACCAUCCUGCCCGACGAUGGGGAUGGAGACGAGUUUUGUAGCUCGUGGUUUCCUAUAUUAUUUCCAGUCCACUCUAGCGUGAUUCAGCAGGGUCAAAGCAUUGAAUUGAAGGUGACACGAGUGACAACCACGACCAGAGUUUGGUACACAUGGAAGUUCCAAGAAGUGGAGUACAAUAAAGAGGGUCAAUAUUGUAUGGAAUUGUGA